AUGUUUUGGAAAGUGAAGGAUAUUUAUAUAUACAUGUGCUGCAUUUGCAAGUAAAACAAAGUUUACAGAAACAUAUGGGUUGGUUAUUUACUAUGGCCACUAUUCUUAUUCACAUUAAUAGGAGAAUUCAACCUAAUUUGCCUUCAUUAAAUUUAAUUUAUUAUUCUUUGUAGCUAAUAAUUAUGGAUAUCUUAAUGGGAAAAUCUUGAACGGUUCCUAAAUUGCCUUUCAAAAUUGAAUGCUUUUCGCUAAUAAUUUUCUGAUGUAAUAUUAGAUGUAUUCAUCCACCAUUUUAAUACUCCAUUAUAUAAACAAGACGAGUUCUUUAAAUUUUUUGUAUAAUAAAAGGAAAGGGGUGGAUGA